AUGUCUCGCCAGGCCCAGCAACAAGCGGCUAGAGAUCGCUUUAAUGCACUUCUGGGGCCUGCCCAUUUCCAUGAGGGCUGGGAAUCCCUUCUAGCCCUUUCGCCGUCCUUCUUCAACGCAAGUGUGUCUCUUGCUUCAGUCCCGAGAAAGAAUCUUCACUUGUCCUCCAAGAACCAAGCUUUGAUAGGCUUGGCAGUCGAUAGUGCAGCAACUCACCUGUUUACUCCUGGCAUCAGAACCAAUGUUGCAGCCGCUUUGAAAGAGGGGGCCUCAAUAGCCGAGGUUGUCGAAGUUAUUGAAUUGAGCAGCACGCUGGGGAUUCAUGCUUGUAACAUUGGAGUCCCUCUGUUGGUGGAGGUGCUCAAGGAAGAGGGGCUGCAUGUCGCCGAGACAACAAAAGAGUUUGAUCAAAGACAGGAGAAGCUGAAGGAAGAGUUUACCACUAAAAGAGGAUACUGGCAUACAUUUUGGGAGGACUUUCUGAGGCUAGAUGCAGACUUUUUCGAGUCAUACCUGGAGUUCUCGGCGGUGCCCUGGACUAAAGAAGUGGAUGGAAAGGUAGGAGGUGCCUUGGAGCCAAAGGUUAGUACUUAUCGCAUGCUGAACAGGCACCCCCCUGAAGAAGUUGGUAGUGACACGGCAAUACGAUAG